AUGGCAGGAAAUAGCAAUGCACCAGCAGCAGGACCGGCAACUCCGCGCCCACCUGCAAGACAAGCAAGACCAGUCGAUCAAGACAGUGACGAUGAACCCGACGAGCAAACCCAGCAAAGAUUCACCACGUUGGAAAGAGUCAUCGAUCAAAUGAAUGAACACAUUCAAAGACUGCAAGCUGCAAUCGCUGAAAGAGACGAUCAUGUCAACCAACUCGAAGCUCAAGUCAUGGCUAUACCACCUGGCGAAGCUGGAACAGCCGGCAACAGGGUCAAACUACCAAAACCCAUGACCUUCGACGGAACUAGAUCUAAGUUGAAGACAUUUUUGGUCAACAUGGAAAUGCAUAUCGAAGCCAACCAGAUCACCCAUGACAAAAAGAAAAUGAUCUUUGUGGCAUCAUGCUUUACCGAUGCAGCAGCAGAAUGGAUACAACCCAUGCUAAGUGAAUUGUACACUACCGACAGAAGUAGUUGGGGGACUAUCACCAGGGAACUGUUUUCGAACUACGGCAUGUUCAAACAGAAACUUGGAGAAGCGUUCGGAAACAUCGACGAGCUACGGACCGCGGAAAGACAACUAAGAUACCUACGACAGACCGGAUCCGCUCAGCAGUUGGCAACCAAAUUCCGACAGAUAGUAACACCACUACACUAUGAUGAUGCUAUUCAAAUCGCAACCUUUGAGAACAUGCUCAAGGAAGAAGUCCAGACGGAACUCAUCAAACUCGACCGACCCGACAACAUUGACAGAUUCAUUGAGAUGGCGGUCAAGAUUGACAACAAACUGUUCGAGAUCAAACAGAAGCGACAGGAGUUUCAGAGAUGGAAGAAAGUUGGAGGAUUCCCUCAGUAUGCCAACACAUCGGCAAAGCGAGGAACCCAAUACGACAAGGACGGCGAUGUCAAGAUGCAGCUCAACAACGUGAUCAGUAAGGAAGAAAUGGCCAAGCGCAAGGAAAACAAAGCUUGUUACAAGUGCGGACGAAAAGGACACUUUGCACGACAGUGUCGAUCAGGGCAAAACAAACAGAACGGUAACGUCAGCCCUCAAAAAAUAACAACAGUCCAUCAACAAGUUGCGGCCAUACACCAGACAAUUGUGACCCCCUCGGACAGUGAGGAGGAGGAGUCAGAAAAUGAACAGGUCGACGAAGUCAAGGACUUCUGGGGACCGAUACUAGAAAAGGAAAUAUACGAAUCGCUCAAGAAAUUCGAGCAAGAAGAUAGCCCUGGGCAAUCUAAGGGACGCCUCAGACAGAGUUCAGAAAGGGAACCACCCCAGGAAGAAGACGCUAACCCGGAAGAAGCGCAACCUCACCUACGACGAGGUCAAGAGAAAGGACCGAUCAGAGAACCUCGCAGAGAAGACCAAUACAGCAAAACCGCUGGACGGCGUAUUGAUGACCUUUCAUCAGGAAGUGAAAGCCGACACCCCCUGACGUUUCGAGACGGUGGAAAAGACAGAGAAGUUGACCACGAGGACUCGGAUCGAGAAUCAGACACCCCGCAACAUUCACAGUUAACAAGAACAACAAACCUCAGAAGAGACGCCGCAAGGGCGAUCGACCAAGCAAAUGAAACAAUCAGACUGUUCCAGAAACGACCACCAAUCACAAAGAAAGAAUGGGAUUCAGUCCUAGGAACCAGCACGACGGUUCCAGGAAUAAAAAUUGAGAUUCCAGAAACAAGCAAAGAAGAACUGAAAACAGACAGCGAAGACUCCGAAACAACAGAAGAAUUCCCUGAAAUCGACUACGAAGAACCAAAACGAGAAUGCAGUUGCAAACCACCCAAACCAGUAUGUUGGGAAGACUCUAUUCAGACAUACCGACAACACAUCCUCGAAUGCGAAAAAUGCCACGAGUGGACAUUUCACAAAUGCGAUAUGCACGGAAAAAAGAACAUCGCACUCGCAAACGAAUUCGAAUACGUCUCACUCACCAAAGGAACACGGUUGUGCCACCCGAUGCUUGGGCAUACCGAAAGAUGUUCAUGCAUGUACUACCCACAAUAUGGAGGACACCAUCACAAGAAAAUACACUGGACGCAAUGCUAUGAGUCAAAAUGUCCGACUCACCUCGAAGAAAAGGAAAAGAACAAAUGGAAGCCAACGGCACCGAUGAUCAUCUAUCAACCCAUCCCGGACUGCCCGAAGGGCUGGAACGAAUGUUGGUGCUACGCAGAAGAAAUUUGGCACCCUUUCCAUAAUAGCAUCGAAACUGACCAGUGCUACGCGAAAAAAUGUCCAUACCACGAAGGACGAGUCAUCUACACCGAUGAAGACUGGACCGAAAUUGUUCUAUCACAGAAACGAUACCUUGAGAGGCACAGAAAGGGACACCACCUUAUUGCCACAACUAUCAAGACAGGAGAAACUGUGAUCAUUAUCAAGGGAACAAUCAACGGACACGAAGCCAAACUACUCCUCGACUCGGGAGCAUCAACGAACUACAUUAGCGAAGCAUACGUCAAGAAAAACAGGAUCCAAACGCACGAGACAAACCUAUGGCAUACUGUACAAAAUUUUGAAGGACAAAUCACGAUCGAAGGAUUCGUACGACGAACUGGAAACAUCACACUCAAAUCAGGAGAACACGAAGAAAGCAUCCAACUGGAUUUAAGUCCGUUCGAGCGAAAGGAUUUCGACAUUAUACUCGGAAUGACGUGGCUACGGAAACAUAAUCCUGUCAUUGACUGGAAACACGAGACGGUGUCAAUAGACCUGAAAACGCUGCAAACAGAGCAGAUGGGGAUCAAGCCGAACCAGCAGUUGAAGGUGAAACAUGCUGAAGAAAUAAACGAAAUAGGCCGACAAAUUGAAACACGAAAGAAACCAAAAGAAAUCUACGAAAAAGAACUAAAGGAAGUGCUCGACAAGCUACCAGAAAAAUAUCGGGACUUUACCGAAUUAUUUGUGAAGAAAGAAUAUCGACUACCACAACACGAAACAGAAUACGAAGCAGAGAUACCGCUCAAGGAAGGAGCACAAGUACCACAAGUGAAGCAACGACAAAUCUCACAAGAUGAACUCCGAACUACUAAGGAAUUCAUUGAGAAAUUCUUAGCAGCCGGUUACAUCAGAGAAUCAAAAGCAAAGGCUUCUGCACAAGCAAUGUUUGUACCAAAACGCGACGGAUCACCACGAAUGGUCAUCGACUACCGAAAUUAA